AUGGCCAUCGCGAGUGGAUCAAAGAUGGAGAAGGGGAUCAGUGCAGAAGACUCUGAGAAGAUCCUCCGCAUGAGUCAGAAAGGUAUGUCCGUCCAAGCCAUCGCAGAGGUGUGGAACGUGGAUGCCGUGGAGAUUGAGAAGACUCUGGAGUUGGUGCAGUCCUCCGCUGGGAAGGACAGUGAAAGUGGCUGUCAAGUGCAAGCCGAACAUUGCCGGACCUCCCUGGUGAAGCGACUGAUGGAGGACCCACCUGACCUUUGCUGCCCCAUAUCUCAUGGGUUGAUGGAGGACCCGGUGGUCGCGGCCGACGGGUUCUACUACGACAGGUCCUGCAUCAUGGAUUGGCUCGAAAGGAACACCGACGCUCGAAGUCCAACAACCGGGGUGACGAUGCACGCGACUGUGCCAUGUAGAUAUUAG